UUAAUUCGCGAAUUAUUCGCGAAUUUUUGAAAAAGCGAAUUAAAUGGCCGCGGGCGCAAACACGCAAUCAUCCAUUAAUGUUACUGGUGGUUUCAACUUUCAAGCAGAGAACCUAACGGUCGGACUCCACAACCUACCGUUCCAACGCUUAAACCUACCAGAAGAAGAAAACUUGCAGGUCAAGCUGGUACUUCUUGGAGACAUGGGAACGGGGAAAACCAGUAUAGUGUUAAGGUUCAUCAAAGGACAAUAUUUUGAUUGCCAGGAAUCAACAAUAGGAGCAGCAUUCUUCUCUCAAAUUCUUUCACUGAAUGAUGCUACUGUAAAGUUUGAUAUAUGGGAUACGGCAGGACAAGAGCGAUAUCACAGUUUAGCUCCAAUGUACUAUCGCGGUGCAGCUGCAGCAAUCGUUGUUUAUGACAUCUCAAGCACUGAUUCGUUUACUCGAGCUAAAAGGUGGGUUGAAGAACUUCAAAGACAAGGGAAUCCAUAUUUAGUGAUGGCAUUGGUGGGUAACAAGGCCGACUUGGAAACAAAGAGAAAGGUGGAAGCAGAGGAAGGCAUGCAGUAUGCUGAAGAAAAUGGGCUAUACUUCCUAGAAACUUCUGCAAAGACAGCGCAAAACAUCAACGAGUUGUUCUACGAAAUGGGUAAGUUUACUUCUUUUUACGACAAUAUUUUAAUAUGUUCAGUUCUUCUGUGUUUCCGAAUUCUUUCGCAGCUACGAGAUUGGUUAAAAUAUGGCCUUCGCGCAACCCUAGUGGGAUGAAUCUCAACAACCAAUCUCUUGACGGGGGCAGAAGGCGCUUUUGUUGCUCUAUCUGAUUAAUCGAUGAAUAAAUACUCUCUUGUUGUUCUGUAUGGUUUAAACGUAUGGCUAUUAAGGCGGUUUUCUCAAACAAAAUAGCUCUUACUUUGUACAUUUAUAAAUUACUUACUGCUUGCCUCAAAUGCGUAUCCAUGGAAAUAUUUGUGAAAAAUGGUGAUAUAAUUAGUGCAGAUCCUUGUUAUGCUUA